AUGUCGCCUCCUAAAAAGAAAGGCUCCAGCAAAAAGCCUGCAAAGGCAAGAACACCCACACUGAUCAAUGGACUCACCAAGGAGGAACUGUCCAAGGAGCAGCUGGAGGAGUACAUUGUGCGCCUACGAGAGGAGCUGGAUAGAGAGAGAGAAGAGAGGAACUACUUCCAGCUGGAGCGGGACAUGAUCCACAGCUUUUGGCAGGUCACAGACAGAAAACUAGCCGAGGUCAAGGCAAAACUAAAAAACCUGGAGAAGGAAAUAGAAGAUAAUGAGGCACAUCACCAAGUAGAGAUCAAGGUGUAUAAACAGAAGAUGAAACACCUACUUUUUGAACACCAGAACACAAUCUGUGAGCUGGAAGCAGAUGGUGUAGUCUCUGCUGAGGCGGUGCAGAAAGAUCAAGAGAGAUUAGAGAAGGAACUUCAUGAAGAAAUGAGGGAGCUCUUGAUAGACACUCAGCACCUUCAGGAUGAAACCCUCGUCAAGGAACUGAAGAUGAAACACAACGAAGAUGUCACUGCAACAAAGAAUGAAUGGGAAGAGUAUUUUGCAGAAUUUGAUGCUGAGACUAAGAAAAAGAUGCUGCUGAUGCAACAAGAGCAGGAAAACACAAGGAGGAUGAUGAUCAGCGACAGGGAGCGCCUGUGGAACACCCACGUUACUGAUCUGAAAGAAGACAUCAGGGACACAGUUGCCGAGGCUGGACCUGAUGCUCUGAGGGAGAAAAAAAUUGACAUCACUGAGACAUUGACAAGCAUCGACGAGCAUAUAAAAUUACAGGAGUGUAAGAAAAUGGAGCUGAACACUAUUUUGCAGGACAACAAACGUCUCGCAGAGUUUGUCUCAAAUGAGGAAAGCCAACAAUUUGCUGAUGUUCAGAAGAGAAUUAAUUACUACUCUCAGAAAACGGACACCAUAGAAAAUACCAAGAUAAAGAAACUGAACGCUCUGAAACGAGAUCUCGAGGCACUCGAAGUGAAAUUCAACAAGCUUCAGUUGGAUAAAGAUGAAAUGAAAAAGACAUUUGAUCAGAACACUCAGGCGACGCAGCAAGAGGCAGCUGCAGAGAGCAGGAGGCUGGAGAGGGAGGUGCGGGCGCUGGCUGACAGAGUGGAGGAGACGCAGGCCCAGCUCAGCUCAGUGCUUUCAGCCUCCAACACGGACCACACUGCUCUCCGAAUGAUCACAAACAAAGUUCUGGAGAAUUUUGACUCUGCAAAUGCUGCCAUCAGAAACUGAAAAGGCUGGAACAUGUUGUUUUUCCAAGGCUCGAGGGAAUUCCCUGCUGACCUGUGAAACUAAGCAGCAGCAUCUCCAAUUUACCCCUAAAUGAG